AUGUCUCUAGACGCUUCUCCCUUGGCUGCGCCCGUUCCCAGCGCCAACGCAGAUUCCGAUUCCGAUUCCGACUGGGAAUACGAAUACUCCACGGAAACAGAGUCCUUCUACCUGAACCUCGACUUAACUUCAGUGCAUGGCCCCCUUCGUCCGCCGCGGCGCCGUAAUGCAUCCGCGCCUAAUAAUAAUAACGCUGCUAAUGAACCCGACGCGGACCCGGACCCCGACGCGGACGCGGACUUUUCUCGCCCUCUAGAAACCACCGAGUCCGACGCCAAUGAUCCCACCAGACAUGCAGCUGCGAGUGCGAGUGCGAGUGCCGGUGCCCAAGACCGUCUCCAAAUCCUCGGCCUCCACACGUUGAAUCCCAUUGUCUCGUACCAGAACCAGGUCUUCAGUUGUUCCUGGGCCGAGCAGAUCGGGACCGAGUUGUUUUUUACAAGGCCGGAUGAACUCAUCACCACCAUCACCACCACGGGUGCAGCGGAAAAUGAUCUUGAGCCGCUGGCACGUGGCAAGGAUUUCGACUUGAUUGCUGCAACCAGUGCCAAAAUCCUCGGUCGCAAGGCGAAUCUUAUUUCUAGUUCUGAACCUUCUACUACCACCCCAUCUACGUCUACAUCUAACCUCCCAAAAUCAUCAAUGUCGUCAAAUCAAGCGCGUUUCCUCGACCGCUUGUCCAGCGUUAAACAGGCCAAAGGUGAAACAGACACCGUGCGAACAGUAUACAGCAUGCGCCGGACGCAGAAUCUCGAAGACAGAGUGCGCGGGUGGGCCAGGACCGAGGAGCAAUUGACAGAGGUUCAGCGAUUACAGGAAGCCGUGCUCCGCGGGGACGAGGGUGCGAUGGCGGCGUUGGAAAAGGUUUAUCGGGAUUUGCAGGGUAAUGAUGGUGACGGUGACGGGGGUGCGUAG